UUUCUGUGCUCGAGUUGGACCUCUGUGCAAGUACCCAUCUUGAGCCAGCCUUCCUGCUACUUUACUCCAUUAAUAUUUUUUUUCUGAGAAUUUUCUUUCCUGAAAGCCUGCUCUGCAUACAGUUAUCAGGCCUCCCCUGAAAGUUUGCCUCUGGAGCUCUAAAAUACAGACUCCAGAGCGAACAGUUAUCAGGGCAAGAAGAAUCCUGAAAGUUUGCACCACGAUGGAGAUAGGCCUCACCUGAAAGUUGGCAUCCGGAGCUCCAAGACACAGACUCCGGAGUGAAUAAUUAUCAGGGAGGGAAGACGCCUGAAAGUUUGCUUCAUGAAUGGGUACAGACACCUGGAGAGAAGGUAAGCAGCAUUUGGAUUGGCCUAUUUCUUCCAUGCAGUAAAUAAUAGAGUGAACCUGCCACCAAACUCUUUUUAAGUCGCACUUCUCUUUGAGAAAUCCAAAGAUUGUUCUGCAGUGAGCAGAACCCUAAACUACUCCCUUGCAGCAGGACUGUACAGAAAAUCCAAGAAUAAUCUGCAUAAUGACACUGAAGCUGAAGACUCUGGCAUGGUGUACAUGGGAGAUUGUGUGAUUGCCUCUUAUUAGCCCACAAUCACACCAGUGAUCCUUUUAGCUGCAUAGUGAUACACAAGGAGCAGGGCUGUCAGAAAUUCAGAAAAUCAGGUCACAUCAUUUUAUACCACUUUUUAUGCUAUUGGGGCUGGCUUGAGACAAUGCAGAGCUCCAGGUAAUGGUACUUGGCUGCCUCAGGGAUUGAAUGGGAUUUCAGCAGGAGUCAGGCCAGGGGCAGGCACUGCAGGAGGAGUCAGGGGAGUCUGCUGCAGGUUGAAGCAGGGCAAAAAGUGAGUUUGGGGUCUUCAAAGAGAACCAAUGGUCUUGAAGGACAAAAGCAGUCAUGGCCUCCUGUUCCUUUCAAUCUUCCCAGGGUCAGGACAGUUUGCUCCAGUGCAGUAUUCUCUGACAAGCCAGAGAGUCACCCUCUCCUCCAUGCAGCCACCCGUUCCCCCCUUUCUCCCUGGCCCAGUGGGACCCUGCCUACCUUCGCCACCAUCAGAAACAUAUGUUAUGCUGCAGCCUCAGUACCCACAUUCACUCCAUUCUCGCUUUUAUCAAGUCCCUUGUGUAGGCUCUAGCCUUGUAAUACCUCACUGUUUGCACUGUUUGUCUCAUAUCAAGUUCUGCUGUCCUUACAGCAGGUAUCAGCAGUUCACCUACACAAAAGAAAUAACAAACCCAGGACUUCAGCCGCAAGUCUUGGGGAUGGGGCUUGUUCUUUCCAGCCAUACGUGGUCGCUGACCUGGGACCUGUGUGCUUCCCAGUCACAUCAGUCGCUGUGACAGCAGGCUGGGUUGAGACAUGAGGAUGACUGUGGACAGCUUGUACUGUGCCUUUGCUAUACCAUUCCAGAGGUGGGAAGGCUGGUCUAGCCAGGUCCAGCAUCAGCUCUGCUGCUGGAUGUCAUCCUGUCCUCCAGACAGCUCCGGGAUGACUUUCUUAUACUCAGGAAAAAGGUCUGAUCAGUAUUUAACAAAACUUGUGUGUUUUUCCUGAAGUGCCUAGCACACCCUUCAGGCUCUGUGCCAGUAGUUACAGGGCUUCCGGGACUUCUUGGCUCCCCUUGGUAACCUGCUAUCACUGCCCCCUUCGAUAAGAGCAGCUGUGCAAAUGCCAGGCACAUUGUGGGGUGACCUUGCUGUCUCCUUGGGAACUCAAAGCAAAGCAGCAGGAUCCUGGGGACCAUGACAGAAGUUCACAAGAAGCCAAGCUGCCCCAGGACCAAUUCCCUUUCCCCAGGCAGCUCAAGCAUCCCUUGCCAUCCUCAUACAGCUCUCAGGCAGCUCAUGCACCCAAACGCCAGUGCCACAGUGGCUCAGCAGCACUCUGACCCGUGGCAAAAGCUGUGCGACCUCGCAACUGUAGAAACGAAACAUUCAGAGAACAAACUCCAGCAACGUGUCAUGCUCUAUGCCGUGGCAAAAGUCAAGGAGCGAGGACUGCGCACUAAGCUGUCUUUGUAACCGAGGGAGAUAUUCCCAGGUUGCACAAUACUAGGUGGUAAUUAGCGUUCAAUGGGGAAAUGAGCUCAACCUGUGACUUUUGGAUCUAGGCACAAAUAAUCAAAAACUAGAGGGUUUUUGCAAAAUACAGCUAUUAUCAUCGAAGAAAAAUGUGUUAAUAGUAUAUUGAGCCAACCAUAAAGUACGCUUUGUUUCUCUCAGUUAUAAAAUACGUUCUCAUGGUGCAAACAAAUACCAAGUGCAAACACAUGUUGUUUGAAAUAACUCGAGCAGCCUAAAAACAAGGUGUGUAGGCUCCCUCUAUAGUCAGUUCUUAGAUAUUUAUCUCUAAGAGCUGUCCCAUGACAAAAAGCACUGGUAUAUUACAGACGCUUUGGCAGUCCAAAUUUCCUUGAACAUUUUUUGACUGACACCUUUCUCCCAGCAGAAUUCAUGCAUGAUCAGGUGUUGUCUGGCCACCCGCAGUUAACUCCAUCAUGUGCUUGGCACUUUAUGACCUGUUUAAUUUGUCAGAAAUGUUCCUAUGUGUCAACACCUCGUCCAGAUUAGCUGCGCAUUGGGUGGUGCUCCAACUGCUGUUAACAGCUCUGGGUGCACAGAUCUGCUAUUAACCACUGCUGCAGGCUCCUGCUAUACAUCUGGAUUUAUAUUUGGAGAUACCUGUCCUUCCCUGUUGACUGGACAGGUCUGGACUACAGGCAUGGGCAACUAGCUCUAGCCUAAAUGCUUAGCUUUUACAAGGCUGAUGUUAGAUCAGGUGAAGUCCUACCAAAGGCUACAUGACAGCUGGUCUCAUCACUACAAGAAGGACAUCCUGCUUCUUCUCUCUCCUUUCCAGCUUCCCUCUCCCAGCAGCUCCCAGACAUGUGAUCCUGUCCCUUCCCUUGUGCUGGUUCUUCCUGGUCCCUUCACUGAGCCUCUAUGACUGACCACUGCAGGAUGAAUCUACUCAGAUAUUUGCUGGGAUCAGCCUUGGCCUACUUAGUGAGUUGACUUAAUUAAUGAAGUAUAAAACCAACAGGUACCAGAGUGGGCCAUAGGAAAGGGAAUGGUGAGUGGGAUCUUCACACCAAGAAAUCAGGCUGCCUCACCCUGUCUCAUGUACCUCCAUCCUAAUACACAGGCAGUGAACCCAGUGGUAGCACAACUCACUGUUGGCUUGGAUGUUUCCAGUGAUUUUUCACCACAUCUGUCUGAACAUCAUGCUCAGGUCCAUGGUAGCACAGUAUUACGGCAAACAGCAUCAUGCCCAAAGCUCUCUAUUAACUGUCUAUGCUCUUGUUAUACUCACAGGAAACAGAGCUGUGAUAAGAUUCACACACAUAGGUAAGCAUGUAACCAAAAUCCUUACUAAAUGGUGUGGAUGAAACAAUGACUCACUAGAAGGAAUUCAGUGCAGAAAUGUUCACUCAUGCAGGAAGGCUUGUAAGAAAACAUCUCAGGAGGCACCUGAAUGGAAAUGUCUGAGGCACCUCUAGUAAAUCAUUUUGGCCUAAACUCCCAAAGACCUGAAAACGAAUGUCUCCGAAGAGCUAGCCUGUUAGAUCUGUCUGCCUCAGUUUUUUGGUCUUCAGGAGUGAUUUAACUAGAAAUUUUGUUUGACAACGAAGAGUUAUACAGACUAUCCUAAUGAGUGCACAUUGUUUGUAUGGAUGGAUUAGACCUGUCCUGCAUCCAUAUUUUUUUUUCAGCAGUUUUAGCCUUCACUUUGUUCACAUUUCACCCAACCUUGUAAGUUUAUAUUUAAAGCUCAGGAAGGUCAGCAUACGGGAAUGUUUCCACGAAGUUUUGGAUUGCUGAUAUGUUUUAAAGCAGGCAUGGUAAUGCUUCACUCCUGUAAACUGAAGGGAUUACUGAUUAUGUGCAGUAAACCUGUCACAGAUGACACUGUUUCAUGAACUUGCUACUACAGGGCAAUAUGGAUCUUCUGUCAGAGGCACAGCCACCUCCUGCUAACAGAGGUGCUCCAGCUUUGUAUACCUUGCACCUCUGGCUGCCUUACACCUUAUGUGCUGAUCGAUAUUGUGCUGCAUCUGUGCUAAUAAAUAAAAUGGGCAGGCACAUCUUUUAUUGCUGAGGCAUAGGACAUGGCAUGGCUGGCAUCUGUAUACACCGUCCCCAGUCAGCGCGAUCUUUUCACCUCUGCCUACCAGAAACAGCCUGUCUGGUGUCACCACCCCACGCCUGCCCGGGCAUUCUGAGGACUGUGUCAGUAGGAGUUGAGCAAAACAGUACAGGGAGAGUGGUAAAGAUUAAGCAGGGUAGAUAUGGGACAGUGCUUGAGUCCAUACACGGUCCCAUUUAGGUUCUCAGUAUGGAUGUCAGCCUGGCAAGCUGUCAUGCUGUCCCCGUUCACUUGCAGUCUGAUCCAUCAGCAGAACUGCAUUCAUCCUUACUCCCUGCCCUGUACCCAGUGAAACGGAAAAAAAUCCUGCUCCAAAACAUCUUAAAGAGAUCAUACAAACACAUUCAGGUGUAUCCAGGUGACAAGAGUCACAUGCCCUUAUGUUGGUGUGAUGGACCAUUCAGUUCCCCUAAGACUGAUGUUGUCACACACAGCAGGGAGUCUUGUCAGGAUGUGUGAGGGCAGCUCAGAUGUCAAUAACAAAAAUCUCUGGACAUCAUGCAACAUCUGAAGCUUACUCAGUGGUCGCUCCCACUGUAUCACAGUAUCACAGUAUGUUUGGGAUUGGAAGGGACCUCAAAAGAUCGUCUACUCCAAUCCCCCUGCUGGAGCAGGAACGCCUAGGUGAGGUCGCACAGGAACAUGUCCAGGCGGGUUUUGAAUGUCUCCAGAGAAGGAGACUCCACAACCUCCCUGGGCAGCCUGUUCCAGGCUCUGUCACCCUUACUGAGAAGAAGUUUUUUCUCAAAUUUAAGCGGAACCUCUUGUGUUCCAGCUUGAUCCCAUUACCCCUUGUCCUAUCAUUGUUUGCCACCGAGAAGAGCCUGGCUCCAUCCUCAUGACACUCACCCUUUAUAUAUUUAUAAACAUUAAUAAGGUCACCCCUCAGUCUCCUCUUCUCCAAACUAAAGAGACCCAGCUCCCUCAGCCUUUCUUCAUAAGGGAGGUGCUCCACUCCCUUAAUCAUCUUUGUUGCCCUACGCUGGACCCUCUCCAGCAGUUCCCUGUCCUUCUUGAUCUGAGGGGCCCAGAACUGGACACAAUACUCCAGAUCGGGUCUCACCAGGGUGGAGUAGAAGGGAAGGAGAACCUCUGUGGUUCUACACUCUCUGGGUGAAUUAAAGUCCGAUUUCAAAUGAAAAUUAAAAAAUAAAGCUUGCAACAUGUAGUUUAAUAAUUUAUGGAGUUAGUCUUGACUUUUGGUCAAAUGUCUUUGUUACUUAAAUAGCCUUGCUGCCAACUAAAUAUAUCAGUGCUGCAGAGAAGACCUAGAUGAGGUUUUUGGAGUGGUUUCUAUGCCAAAAUGCCAACACUAGAUGACAUUUUAGAGAAUGUUGGAGAAUUUGGCAGGGUCCAGAAGCAAACCUUCUUUGUGCUGUGUCUGCUGUCUGCUGCCUUCACCCCUGUGUACGUGGGCAUCGUCUUCUUCGGGUUCAUCCCCGAGCAUCGCUGCUUCAGCCCCGGGGUGGCUGAGCUGAGCCAGCGAUGUGGCUGGAGCCUGGAGGAGCAGCUGAAUCACACGGUUCCCGAGUGGGGCGGCCAUGGGACCGGUUUCAGCAGCCGCUGCAGGAGGUACGAAGUGGACUGGAACACGACGGGCAUCAGCUGCACCGACCCCCUCGGCAGCCUCGUGGGCAACUGGAGCUCUGUCCCUCUUGGUCCCUGCCGGGAUGGCUGGGUCUACGACUCCCCAGGGACCUCACUUGUGACUGAGUUCAACCUGGUGUGUGAGGACUCCUGGAAGCUGGACCUCUUCCAGUCAUGUGUGAACGCUGGGUUUUUUAUUGGCUCUAUAAGCAUUGGCUACAUAGCAGACAGGUUUGGCCGCAAACUCUGCCUCCUGGUCACAGUCCUCAUCAAUGCGGUCUCAGGGGUUCUCAUGGCCUUUGGGCCCAGCUACACCUGGACAGUGAUCUUCCGCCUGAUACAGGGACUGGUCAGCAAGGGGGGCUGGCUGACAGGCUACGUCCUCAUUGCAGAAUUUGUUGGCUCAAACUAUCGGAGGACAGUGGGCAUCAUGUACCAGCUUGCCUUCAGCCUGGGGCUCCUGGUCCUCACUGCCCUGGCUUAUGCACUUCCCCACUGGAGGUGGCUCCAGCUCACGGUCACACUGCCCAGUUUCUUCUUCCUGCUCUAUUAUUGGUGUCUGCCUGAGUCUCCCAGGUGGCUAAUAGCUCAAAAGCAAAAUGACAAAGCUCUGGAAGUUAUUAAGCGCAUUGCCAAGGGUAAUAAGAAGAAGUUAUCUCUCUCUUUCCAGAAUCUCAAGUCUGAAGAUGAAGAUGCAGAAAAGCUGAAACCUUCAUUUCUAGACCUGGUCAGGACACCUCAGAUUAGAAAAAACACAUUCAUUUUGAUGUACAGUUGGUUCACAAGCUCCGUGCUCUACCAGGGCCUCAUCAUGCACAUGGGAAUAGCCUCUGGGAACUUGUAUCUGGAUUUCCUCUAUUCUGCACUUGUCGAGUUCCCAGCCGCCUUCAUCCUCAUGCUAACACUGGAUCGGAUUGGCCGUCGCUACCCCUGGGCUGCGGCAAGCGUGAUGGCAGGUGGUGCUUGCCUUGUUACGGCCUUAGUCCCAGACACUCUUUAUUGGCUUAAAAUGACUCCAGCAUUCUUGGGCAGGAUGGGAAUUACUAUGUGCUACGAAAUUAUUUGUGUUGUAAAUCCUGAGCUGUAUCCAACAUUUCUCAGGAACUUGGGAGUCCUCGUCUGCUCAUCCAUGUGCGACCUUGGUGGGAUCAUAACACCCUUCCUUGUGUACAGACUGGUGGAGCUCUGGCAUGAACUGCCGCUGAUUGUCUUUGCUGUGAUUGGCUUAAUCAACGGUGGCUUGGUUUUGCUCCUACCUGAGAUGAGGGGAAAAACUCUGCCUGAGACCAUUGAAGAUGCUGAAAAUUUGCACAGGCAAAAGAAAAGCAAGGAAAAAUUGAUUUAUCUACAAGUUCUGACUUCUGAAGCUGCCCCAGCUCCAGAAAGCAAAACAUGAAUGGACAAGGUUACCAGCAAGGAAAUCAAUGAAGCACAUUUGCCCUUGUGCUAGUUAAGGUGCCACCAGAAGCAAAUGCUAUUAUAACUUGUGUCUGUCUGUGAAGUGAAGGCAUGCCAGAGCUUCAGGCAAUAGGUCCUGCUGUGGCAGUAAACAGUGCUUAUGGAAAGAAAUGCCAGAGUUACAGGUAAGAGUGUUGAGAGUUAGCUUCUGUAGUUACUCAUUCAUCCCAGUAUUUGCUUUGCUUAACUUCUUGCUGCCUCC